AUGAUGUGUUGUUGUGGGUCCCAUUCAGUGCUUUGAAGACUGCCGGACUCCUGACUGAACGUUUGCAGCUUGGCUGUCUUUGCCUCUUUCUUUCUUUUUUUUUUUUUUUUUAAUCCCUUCUGUUCAUGUUUAGUUGUUCUGAAUGACUGCAAAGUGCAGGCAUUGGUGCUGUUUAUGCCAACAGAGCAUUUGCAGCAUUAAAAAAAAAAAAAAAGAAAAAAUGAGAGGAGGUGGAAUUUCACACCAGCAUUACUUUCCCUUGUCUUUCUGUCCCCAGUCGUCCUAUCAGCUUCUUUACUCGUCUUUCUGGUGAGCUCCCUCCCCCUCUAAAGCUAUUCAGAUGACUCUCUGCAGGAUUAUCGCUCAGCCUCUGAGACACGCUGCUUUGGUCAGACAUAUUGUUCAGUCUGGGUCCACUUUGGCCACAGACUUUGGGAAAAUAAAACUUUUUUUCUGUCAAAGUCCUUAGAGUUGGACUGUAGAUUCUUCUAUCCUUGAAGAGGCAAAAGCUUCCAAAAAAUUUGUGGAUUUUCUUUCAUUUUUCAAUGAUGGAGCCAACUUUGUGUAUGAGGAACCCCGCUCUGCUUCAGAGGACAGGCUCAGCAAUUAGGGUAUUCUGCCACAUCCAGGACAAUGUCUGGCUCCUACGAUGAAUCUGCAGGUGCUGACGACACCAUGGACAGCUUCUGGGAGGUGGGGAACUACAAACGUGCUGUCAAGAGAUUUGACGACGGCCAUCGGCUCUGCAAUGACCUCAUGGGCUGCCUGCAGGAACGUGCCAAGAUAGAAAAAGCCUACGGAGAUCAGCUCACCGCUUGGUCCAAAAGAUGGAGACAACUCAUUGAGAAAGGUCCGCAGUACGGCUCCGUGGAGAGAGCCUGGCUAGCUGUGAUGACCGAGGCAGAAAAAGUCAGCGAACUGCACCAAGACGUGAAGAACAACCUGCUGAACGAAGACGUGGAGAAAGUCAAGAACUGGCAGAAGGAGGCGUAUCACAAGCAAAUGAUCGGAGGCUUCAAAGAGGCCAAAGAAGCAGAGGAAGGCUUUAAGAAGGCCCAGAAACCAUGGGCCAAAAAGCUCAAGGAGAUGGAAGCAGCAAAGAAAACAUACCACAUGGCCUGCAAGGAGGAGAGGCUGGCUGCAGCCCGAGAGGCCAACGGCAAGACCGAGGCCUCCGUCACGCCAGACCAGCAGAAGAAACUCCACGAGAAGGUGGACAAAUGCAAACAGGACAUGCAAAAGGCUAAGGAGAAGUAUGAGAAGUCUCUGGAUGAGCUGAACAAAUGCACUCCGCAGUACAUGGAGUCCAUGGACCAGGUGUUUGACCAGUGCCAGCAGCAUGAAGUCAAGAGGCUGACCUUUCUCAAGGAGGCCUUGCUGGAUAUCAAACGCCAUCUUAACCUCACUGAAAACCAAAGCUAUGCUACAAUAUACAGAGAACUGGAGCGGACGAUCCUGGCUGCGAACACACAAGAGGACCUGAAGUGGUUCAGCAACAACCACGGUCCAGGGAUGUUCAUGAACUGGCCUGCAUUUGAGGAGUACAACCCAGACCAGGCUGCAGCUCCUCCAAAGAAGAAAAAACCAGAUGGAGCUCCACCCACUCCCAGCACUGACCACGUGGCUCCACCUGGUGACCGUAGCAGUGUGAGCAGCUAUGACAAGAACCAAGCUUAUUCCACUGAGUGGUCUGACGACGAGCAGCCUGCCGGAUACUCCGGCAACGAGAACGGCGGGAACGGAAACUCCUUUGAAGACGACUCCAGUGCAGGCAAAGGCGUCCGCGUGCGCGCUCUUUACGAUUACGACGGCCAGGAACAGGACGAGCUGACCUUCAAAGCAGGUGACGAGCUGACCAAGACCGAGGAUGAAGACGAGCAGGGCUGGUGUAGAGGUCGUUUGGACAAUGGCCAGGAGGGACUGUACCCAGCCAAUUAUGUUGAGCCAAUCUAGUCAUGCAACUCGACAAGGACACGCCACUGGAGGCAGCUUGAACUGUCCCGUCCAACCUCACCGCACAUAGCCAGAGACUUACGAGCAACACAUCCCCUGCCCAACAAACGCGCCAAGCAGUCUUGCCUAAAUAAAUCUUAGUAAUCUAAAAAAAAAAGACAAAAAAAGACAAUAUAUCAGUAUACCAAUAUUUUAGUCGGUCCGUGGGGGUGGGUGGACUUACACGUUAAAAACCGCAGCUCUACCAGUAUAUACACACUAACCCACAUCAGGACAGAGCAGGAACACUUUGCUUCUCUGUGGCUGCACUGACAGAAGGCUGCAGCUGGCUAAAGCUUGCAGUGUUGCUGCAGUGUGUUCUGUUGUGCUGAAGGGCAGAAAAUGUAACCAGUUCUACCCAUCUCUAACCUGCGUUGUGUAUAUACGAUGUGAUGCCAUUUUGUGUAGCAUUUUUAAUGCUGUGUGUGUCAUUCUUACAUCAGGAAUGCCGUGUAGUGUUAAGAGUUACCACAGACUGUAUCCUUUCGUUUCCUCUCGGUUUUGGAUUUUCUUUUUUUGUUUUUUGUUUUUUCCGUGAGUGUGAUUUGGUCGACUCUCUCUUCCGGCGUGUGCAGUGCUGUGUGUUGAAUCGUUUCUGGUUUUGCAUAGCAGCAUGGGCUAUGCUACCACCCCUCUGCUACCCACCCCUGAAUCCUGCAGCCAAAGUUUAGGCAACAAUUUGGUGCAACAUUUCAGCAAAAAAAAAAAAAAAAAAAAAAGCAUCUUUCUGGACAUGCUUCUGAUUUCUAAAACGCCAAAAGGAACUGAUCGAACAUCCUUUUGCUUUUUCUCGGCAUUGUAAAUCCUUUGACCAUAUCAUCCUCAUGCAACACUAUGGAAAGGAUUUACAAGUGAAUCAAGUAUGAGAUCAGUUGACCACCAAGAAAUGUGAGUGGCACAUUUCUUCCUAAGCUUACCAUUUGUGUUGUUUGGUGAGGUUUGACAUGCAAAAAAAAAAAAACUGUGCCUGGGACUCUUCUUCUAGAGCAAAGGGCCAAUGGAGGCAUGUCGAUGCGUUACUGUGAAACGGCCUGGUGCCUGAAGAUUGCACCUCUCCCAACAGGACAUGAAUGUACUAGUGACAUUGAGAAGCUACAGGCACUAGUUAUGCGGUCCCAGCUGAGCCAAAGAAAGACCCAUCAAUGAUGUUUUUUUUUCUUUCCAUGCGCUUAUUUCACAUUCCCCAUGUGAAAUAGCUUGUGUGUUUGUUGCUUCCCAGUCCACCCAAACGCCACAAACGCUACUUACUGACACAUACUCAAAUUCAUUAAAUGCUAACCAUCGAGUUGCUCUUAAAUCUGGAGGAAGGCUCUGUUUUUCGGAUUGGAUUGGGAAACAAUCCAGAAGAUGUGUUUAGCUCUCUGUCUGGAUGAAGGAUCCGACAGGCUCUCACACGUGACGAGAAACACAUCACCAGCUCACAAGUCGUGUCUUAGAAUAAAAGCUGUCCAGCAUAGCAAAAAGGACUCCUGUCUCCAAACUGUCCCACAUCUUUGAUUCACACACACACAAAAAGUGUUAAGAUAUUCAGUACAACACAAGCGACAUAACCAGGUUAAUAUUUUGGGGUAUAACAUCCUAAUCAUUCAGUGUGUAUGAGUUGUGUAAAUGUAAAAUAAUUUAAAAAAAGGCAAAAAAAAAUGGCAAAAAAAAGUGCAAGCGAUUGACUAUUAGGACAAAAUGUAGUGUUAUACAUGUAAAUGUGUUUCAUUCAACUGCAGCAAUGAACAACAUAUUAAGUAAUAGCACCAUAUCGUAGGAAUUUUAUUGCAAUGGAGUCGUCGGUGUAUCAUACAAGCGUGACGUUAUCCCACGCUGUCAGAUUUGUAUAUGAUGAUGUAAUUUAAAGAUUAUAUUGUAUUGUAACUGUACAACUGUGUUGAGUUGAACAUGAAAUCUAAUCCAUAUUGAGGAAGUAAAAAGGUGUACAUGUAAAUGCUUUUAUUUUUCUUUUCUUCUUUUUUUAUGUUCAACUCUUCCUUAUGCACACAGGAGACAGCAGCCAACGCUGUGAAAAACCCUAUAUUAGAGGUCCUAGAAGAUGUUUGUUCAUAGUGAUGUACUUCUAUCUCCUAACUGGUGUAGUGCCUGUUCAUCUUGAUGUAAUAAUAAAUUCAUUCAAAUAUGCAUAAAGAUGAAAACGAUCACAGAUGGUGAUGGUGGCAGGGAGUUUGCUGUGUCGAUAUUGCAAAAGUGGUUUGAAAGGGAAACAAGUUUGUUGGGAAAAACACUAAAAACUGGUGUCUGUGGUUUGUUUUUGUUAUUCUUCUUGUGAUUAUUAAAAUAUGGUUUUUAUAAA